AUGGUUGAGGAUAGAAGCAGAGGUGGCAGUUCUUUCAAAAGUCAAAAGUCCCAAUCUGUCCGCAGCCAGGGAAGCAGCCGUCUUGGUUCAGACAGUGAGGAUGAAUGUGGAGUCUUUGAGGUCCAGCCGGAGAUUGCAGAAGAAGACGAAGAAGAAGCGGAGGAAACAAGGGUUCAUGCAGAGACCUCUGAUCCUGAUGAAAAGGACAGUUUGAAAGGACAGAACUCCAGCAUCAGUGUUUUUGGAGAUCUUCAAGAAAAGGAAGGACACAUUGCUGAAAAUGAUGAAGACAUUGUCCUUGUUUCACUGACAGCAGCGGCUCAAGGCAACACUGAGGUUGAGGAAGAUACCAAAGCAAAAGAGAAUGACCAGGUUGUUCCUGUACAAGAGCAUAGCAGUAUUCAAGAACCCACUGUUGAACAGUCUAAAUCAAGCUCUGCUGUCGUAGAAGGUCAGGGUGAUAACCAUAUAGCCCUUCAAAAAGACACUAGAACUCCAGAAAAUACUGAGGAUCCAUCGAAAGCUGAGAUUGAAGUUGGUGAAACUACUAUAGGUGAAUGUGUUGAGUUAGCUGCUGAGGAUAUACCUGUGUCCAGUUCAGAAAUUAAGCAACCAGGAGUCAGUCGGGAUAUUGAGGAGAGCAAAGAAACUAAAGGGCAAGAACAACAAGAACUUCAAGAAAGAGAGGAUGCCAAAGGGGAACUUGCGCAAGAAUUAACUGAGGAAGGCAAAGUAGCAAGUGAGGAAGAAGAAGAGAGUGAAGAAGAAUUUGAUGAGAUGGGGAAGCGGGUAUUUUCGUUGUCAAGGAAGAAGAAGCCUGGAGUGCUGAAGUAUUCCUCAGGAGAGUUCCAUGAGCAGUAUGAAGCUUCUGGAAAGGAAAAAGCAGUUUCUGAAAACUCUAAGAGCAAGGACUCUAAGAAGAAACCUAAAAAAGAUCCAAAGAAAGGGAAGAAAGAGGUGGCAGAAGAGAAUACUGUAAUUGAAAAUGUCCAUAAUAAAUCAACAGCUGUUGUUCAAGAGGAUCAAGGCGCCACUUCCGAGGAGGACAGACCAUCAAAACCUCCAAGAAUGCGUCCUGGGGCAACACCAGAAGAACUAGAAGUUGGGAGAGCAUCCACCACUUCAGAUGUCUCUACCACUCCCUUGGAAGGUGAGGAUGCUGUACGACCUCUCCCGGCUCCAAGAAGCUCUUUUUCCAGACCGUUCUCUCGACCAAAGAUCAGUCUUAGCCAUCGGGUGAGGAGUGUCGACGUAGAGAGUGAUGAAGAUGAUGAAAGCUCCCUCACUGGCGACGUGGAAGUUGCUGGUGGUGCAGAUGAUGAUGCAUCCAGAGAGAAGCACAUCGUCAAUGGAGGAGGAGCAGGAGCUGUUGUGACUCAAGUGGAUUCAGACGGAGAGGAGGAAGUGUUCAUAGGCGGUAUGCCAUCCAGCUCCAUGUGUACACAAACAGCUUUUGUAGAUCAGACCUCUAUCACUUCAUCAGCAGAUGAAUCAACAGAAAAGAGUGCUUUACAGCAAGGGAACAAUCCCCAACAGUUCCGCCACUUUGCUACUAUCGAGCCAGUAGGGAAUGCAGCACUAAGAAGUUCCUCUGUGGAGGUCCCUGCUGGCAAUCCAACCCUUAUGUCAGGACCAGCAGACACCCUCUCUAAUCUCAGUGAGAAUCAGUCUGUCGCUAUUAGUAUCACUGAAUCAGAACCAUUAAGCGACAGUGCAGAGUUCCCUGCACAUCACUCGGAGCAUGCCAUCAAUAAGCCCUGGUCUGAAGUGGCUGCAGUGACUGUCUCUGUGACAACCAUGCCAGAGCCCCUCGUUCCACAAUUCACCCGUGUGGAGGGCGAUUCCUCAACGUCGAGCAGUUCUUCAUCGCUGGUCCCCUGUCAACCCAUCGUCAAAGAGCCCAGAAGUCUUGAUUCCAGUCAGGACGAUGAUGAAGAUAAUGAUGGUGAUGACGACAAUAGGAAUAUGUAUGAUAAGAUUGACAUCUAUGAUGCGAGCUACAAAAAGAAAGACUGGAAAUAUCGCGAGACUGAUGAGGAGCUUAGGAUGAGCACACAACCUGAUCCUGAAAAUGAUGUUGAAGCAGAUGAGGCCAAAGACACGAUCAGCCAACUGUCGGAGUCAUCAUCCCUCGCUACCACAGCCUCCGAGCAGGAGUUCAAAUCCAGCUUUGGAGAGCGUCCUCAUCGCAUCCAGAGAAGGAGGGGCUCGGAGGACUUUGUGCGAUUGUCCAGAAUUAGUCGAGAGCGGACGAUCACUCUUCGCAGACAAGAUGGCACCUAUGGCUUGAGGAUACAGAAGAGCAAACCAGUGGUUAUUACAACCUUAGACCCAGGAGGUGCUGCAGAGAAUGCGGGGUUAAAGGUCGGUGAUAUGGUCAUUAAAGUCAACGGUCAAGAUGUGAGACAAGUACGCCAUUCAGAAGUGGUCAAGAUAGCCACAGAAGCUCCGGAGCCGUUGGUGAUUGUUGUAGGGACUGUGGUAUGCAACAGUCUCAACGUCCAAGGUGAUCAUACCAUCAUGAGUGGCUUCAUGCACAAGAUGGCCAAUGCCGGUCCGAUCAAACAGUGGAGAAAAAGAUGGUUUGUUCUAAAACAUGACAACUGCCUCUACUUCUACAAGACUGAGAAUGAUAAACUUCCCCAGGGAGCAAUAGUCCUGCAGAACUACACAGUAACCAAGGCUAGGGAUGCCGGCAAACAAUUCUCAUUUAAACUCACCAAAGAGGGCGCCAGAACAUAUGUCUUCUACACAGCCAAUGAGGAGGAGAUGAGCAGUUGGGGUAAGGCCAUUAACGAUGCGGCCAACCCGAGCCACAAGACGGACGUCUGGCUGGACAUUAGCACCCACAACGUGAGUCUGCCGGCCCUGUCAAUCAAGGACCCAGAAUGCAAUGGGUUCCUCACCAAAUGGAACGGCAAGAUGAAGAAUGCUCGGAGACGGUUCUGUGUUCUGAAGGAUGCCUGCCUCUAUUAUUACAAGGAGAUGGAUGCCCUGGAUGCACAAGGUGUGGUUCAUCUCCAUGGUUACAGCAUCCAGGAGUCGGAGCUGAAGGGUAAGAAGUUUGCCUUCAUCCUGAAGCCACCGGAUGAAGAGCUGAGAGAGUUCUACUUCUUUGCAGAUCACGACACAGAUCGUAAAAGAUGGGUAGCUGCCCUCGCAUCCUCCAUAGGUCGGUGGAUCUCUACCAAUAACCCUGAUGAUGGAGAAGAUGAAGGAACAGAGAUGUAUAUAUGAGACCAGAUGCACCAAAGAUCCAUCGUCAUUGCUAUACUCCCAGCUCAUUCUGUAAAACCAGAAACUUCCGCAAAUUUUGUUGAUGUUUGAGAUUUCCGAACGUUUCAUUCCACAAAAUUAUUAGAUCACAACACAGAAUAUUUGCAGUUUGCUAAAGGUUCUUGCCAUGAAAAUGACCAUCAUGACAAACAGUUCCUGACAGUUUCAUGCUGUGAAGUUUCUGGUUUUGCAGCACCUUGGAUUUAAUAGUUUGUAACAAAUGGAGUCAAUCCAUAUUUGAGCAGUUUAAUACACCUAGUUGUAAAGUUUACAAUCUUCAGUAAUCUUCCAGAUGCUACCUUUGUUUCCAUGGUGAUUAGUUGUGUAACUGAUGAAGCCACUCCAAAUAUCAAAGUGCAGUAAGAUGAUGAUAUGGAGUUGUAAUCAUUUGGUAACCCUGCAGUUGCUAUAUAGCUACGUCUCUUUGGUGAUUAAGAUAGUACCUUAGAAUGAUAUGAGCAAGGUUAGGUCAAAGUUGAUUGGGUUUUCCAUAACUGGUAGCCAACUAACUCCUACCAUUGUUUCAACAAAAGUCCAAGUCCACUCAACUGUCUGUGGUGAAAAGGUUAAAUGUUGAUGUGCCACAUUGCUCUGGCAAGAUUUUGGUACCAUUUGAAUCCCUUCACCUUAGAAUGAUAUGAGCAAGGUUAGGUCAAAGUUGAUUGGGUUUUCCAUAACUGGUAGCCAACUAACUCCUACCCUUGUUUCAACAAAAGUCCAAGUCCACUCAACUGUCUGUGGUGAAAAGGUUAAAUGUUGAUGUGCCACAUUGCUCUGGCAAGAUUUUGGUACCAUUUGAAUCCCCUUUAUCAUUUUCUUCCAUCCUUUUUAUAUGAACUUAAAAUCAUGUAAAAUAACGCUUAAUCUGGAGCAAAGUCUAUUUUCUAAAUUGCUGUGUUGAUUUUAGGCAGGGCUAGCAUUGUAUUCA